AUGUCCAAACAGUUCGGCCGUAUCACUCACUACGCAUUUGAUGCGGUACUCUUCUCCGCCUUCCUGGCUGGUGUCAAGCGCUCUACAGGUCUCACUCUCGACUCUGAUAAGAUCUCCGACAGCAAAGACGUCAAGAAGUGGAUCGACAGCUACCUCGGUGUUGGGGAGUGGGUUAUGGAUCAAUCGGUGGUGGUGAUGGGUUCAUCAGGCUGGUUCGAGCGGAGACGGUGA